AAAAGACUCGCGCACAAGUGCCUCAAUAAAUGUCCUGUAGAGGUCAAUGUGGCAGUUUUUCAACCGCUCUUGGUGAUCAUGGAUGCAUACUGGAAGGGCCUGUCUGGGAAGGCGGCAGAGUGGGUUGUCAGAAAGCAGAAGUCACAUCAGAGGGUUGGGACAGUCACUAUGAUGUCCAUUGAGGCUGUAUUGAACUAG